UCAUGCUGCUGCCAGGUCCAGAGUCUCUCAUGGGUCCCUGUACGGCCUCCCAUUGCUGCUGUCUCCAUCGCCACACUCUGCCAUGUGCCACUUUCAGGUCUCCUCACACUGCUGGUGUGUUCCAUUUUUUGUCAUAGGGUGCUGGCAGAUUACGGGCCUCCCAUAGCUGCUGCCAGGCCCCUAAUCUGCCAUGGGCCCCUAUACCGCCUCCUCAUGCUGCUGCCAAGUCCAGAGUCUCUCAUGGGUCCCUGUACGGCCUCCCAUUGCUGCUGUCUCCAUCGCCCACUCUCUGCCAUGUGCCACUUUCAGGUCUCCUCACACUGCUGGUGUAUUCCAUUUUUU